AUGAAGUUCUACGGAUCGAAAGCAUUUGAAGUUAAUUUUUCAUUUUCUGAAGCUAAGAUGGCUGGUUCGCGGGUCGCUCAUGUCACUUUAAAAGGACCAAGUGUAGUGAAGGAGAUACUGAUCGGGAUCGCACUUGGGAUUGCUGCUGGUAGCGUGUGGAAAAUGCAUCACUGGAAUGAACAGAGGAAAGUUCGAGAAUUCUAUGACUUGCUAGACAAAGGCGAGAUUUCCGUGGUUGCUGCCGAGGAAUGA